AUGAGUCUUAAAACUGAACUCUGGGCCAUCCAACAAGGUCUACAACUGAUUCUCAAUAGGAGUGGGAACUUCACCUUAGAGACUAACUCCUCAGAAGCUUUCAAUCUGCUGGCUGGAACCCAAUCAGCUAGCCACCCUUUCAAAGUCCUCGUGGACAAUUGGCAAGUUCAUCAUCACAUUCGCUCAGAGAGGGAAAUCAAUGCACUGAUGGCCUCGAAGAGCAAGGUACCAAGAACAGAGGUGGAUCCUGCAGGCAAUCAUGGUAAAGGGGAAGAGGUGAACAGUGGUAGGCAAGUUCUAUGGAUGGCUGCUCCUCCACGCCUUUGA